AUGGAUGAGCUACUCGCCCCUAUUCAGGAUGCCAUUGAAGGCCAAAUUGACUUCCACGGCCAACGUCUAGCAGAGCUAUUAUCAACUCUUUUGCUAGUUUUCUCGGGAGUCGCCAGUUUUGUUGUCGGAUACAUCUACAAAGACAUCCACCUUACAUUAUGGACUGGUUUGGCCGGCACACUGUUUACAGCUCUCGUCGUUGUUCCACCCUGGCCAGUAUACAACCGCAACCCAGAGAAGUGGCUGGGCUCACCAAGUGCGAGAGCAACUCCGGGUAUAACUGUGGAUGGGGUGAAGGUGCAAUAG